CUAAGAUGAGGGACAACCAGUACUUGAGGCCUUUCUCCACUAGCAUUUUAGUGAUCGGCCACUAAGCAGCACAUUAAUAUUUUUUUUAGAUAUUUCUUGGGUAAGUUUCUUAUUAUAGCUUUAUUUAAAACCUGAAAUUGGAACGGAUUAGAACCUGUUUGCAUUGUUUCUCAUUUUUGUUUAGCUCACUGUUCAGAGAUGUGAUUGAAAUUGAUUCCCAACCCUUUCUUUAAUAUAUAAGGUAAGUUUUGAAAAGUAACACGCUCCCGACAGACAAUUAAUCCAUAAUAUCAUCCAUCGUUGGCAUUAAAGCUGAAAUUAUUAAACAUGGGGGAGAACCAUAAGAGGAAUAUUGCACUUGUUAGUUUGUGUUCUUUAUUGGUGGUGGCUAUGGUAGUUGCUCUAUCCAUCAGCCGUGACAAAGUUCCUGUAGCGGUGAGUGUAAGUCAUCGUGAGGUGACAUUAUCUUCUAUAAAAGCCAUCACAAGCGUAUGCCAGAGUACUAGUUAUCAAGAAACAUGUAUCGAUAGCCUUACCUCUUUGGCAGGGAAGUCCUCGCAGGGCGCCAAAGACCUCGUCCGCGCUGCAUUUCAGGCAACAAUUAAGCAUAUCAAGGAAGCAGCAACAAAAACAUCAGCCUGGCAAACUCUUGAGAAGGAUCCAAGAACAAGAAUGGCUCUUGAGAACUGUGAGGAGCUAGCGGACCGCGCCAUAUAUGAUCUUAACAGAAGCUACAGCAAGUUUGGUGUUUUCGACAUCAAGCAUAUAGGCCAUUGGGUUACUGAUAUGCAGAUUUGGCUAAGUGGUGCAGUUACUUAUCAAGAAACAUGCUUGGAUGGCUUUGAAGAUACCUCUGGAGAUGCUGGCAAGAAAAUGAGAAUGGCAUUGAAUGCUUCCAUGAAGCUAACUAGCAAUGCCCUUUCCAUGAUCACAAAGCUCUCAUCUCUCUUCCCAACUCUGAAUGUUAAUCGUCGUCAUCUGCUAUUUCACGAUGCACAUGUUUUAGGUCAUGGAAAUGAGUUAUUACCGGAUUGGAUUGAUGCUGGAAGGCGUAGACAUCUUUCGUCUAAGCCAACUGAAAUUAAACCCGAUCUCAUUGUGGCAAAGGAUAGCACUGGGAAGUACAAGACUAUUACGGAGGCUCUCAAAGAUAUCCCUAAGAAUAGUAACCAGACUUUUGUGCUAUAUAUAAAAGAAGGUGUUUAUGAUGAGCAAGUUCAGUUUAAUCAAUCUUUGGUUCAUUUGAUGGUUAUUGGAGAUGGACCAACAAAGACAAGAAUCACGGGGAAACUAAAUUUCAUCGAUGGUGUUCCCACGUAUCAUACUGCAACUGUUGCUGUGAACGGAGAUUAUUUCAUGGCUAAGGACAUUGGAUUUGAGAACACGGCUGGUCCAGAAAAACACCAAGCUGUUGCUUUGCGGGUUGGAGCUGAUAAAUCAAUCUUUUACAAUUGCCAUAUGGAUGGGUACCAAGACACUCUGUAUGCACACACAUAUCGACAAUUUUACAGUGAUUGUGUGAUCUCAGGCACCAUUGACUUCAUUUUUGGUGAUAGCGCUGCUGUUUUCCAGAAUUGUACCCUCGUAGUCCAAAAGCCUAUGGACAACCAGCAGUGUAUUGUGACAGCACAAGGUAGGAAAGACCCUCGGCAGCCAACAGGAUUUGUCCUUCAAAACUGCAAAUUUGUAGCUGAUAAUAAUGUCGACAACAAGACCAAAUCAUACCUUGGAAGACCCUGGAAAGAGUACUCUAGAACAAUCAUAAUGGAAUCUUCGAUCGAAGACUUUAUCCAGCUAGAAGGAUGGUUGCUGUGGAAUGAUACAUUCGCCUUAAACACUCUCUUCUAUGUUGAAUUCAACAAUAGAGGCCCUGCUUCCUCCAAAACACAACGCGUAAAAUGGGAAGGUGUUAAGGAACUUCCUGCUAGUCGAAUUGAACGAUUUACAACGUCCAAAUUCAUUGAUGGUGAUUCAUGGAUACCAUCUACAGGCAUCCCUUAUUCCUCUGGUUUUUUCUUUCCACCACCAAAAGAAGAUGCUUCUAUCAAAUAUUCCCCUGAGGACCCCAUAGAAAGCCAAGAUUUAGAAAGAAUAAAUAAAGACAAGUCUUCUUAUCAUCAUUUGACUUCUGAUAUUGCUCCAGUACUAUCUCCUCUAGAAGCUCCACCUGCUAGAACAACGUCGGUAGCUCCAACAACAUCUCCAGUGUCAGCCAAACGACACCGGCGAUGGCCAUUCAGCUUUUUUUCAGGCGCAUGAAUUUAGUGUGCUACCCAUUGUUUUAGACUUCAUUAGCUUGAUACUGUAGGAAAAAAUAAUUCAAAGUUGCAGGAAAUCAAAACUGGUUAGAUUUUGUUAUUUUAAUUUAUGUCUAGUUAAGAUUUAUUGUCAAAUUUAGAUAGGGUUUUCCUGUUUUGAGCUAAAGUAGAUUUUGUACUAUUAUAAAUUGGGAUAUUGCCUGCUAUUUUCAUAUAGUGGAGAUUAUAUAUAGCAUUUAGAGAUUCGUAGAGUUUAUGAA